AUGUCCAACACCUUCCACUCCAUCCGCUUCGCCCUCAAGGCCACCACCAUCUCCUCCCUCCUCAUUCUCGGCCACGUCCUCCUCACCACCGCCGCCCUUGCUCCAUACGGACAUCAUGACCACGAGCACCACGAACACCACGACCGCCACAGCCAUGAUCAUAUCCACCAGCACGAUGCUCAUCAUUCUUCCCGGGAGGCGUACCACAGAGCCCUCUGCAAUCUCUCCGCCCUGAUCUUCCUCACUCUCCUUUGGUUCACAUUUGCCCUGCUCGAAGGGUGCGACCUCAACACGACUCGAUCCCCGCCUCCCCCCCUUCUGCCGCAAGCGGGGGCCAUAAAGGCAAGGGAGGAUGAUAUGGUGUUCAUGUUGACCGCGGUGGAGGUAAUCUAUGGGGCCAUUACCGGAGGUGCUUGGCUGGUGUACAAGGCAGAAGCGAGCACAGUCAUCUCCUUCCUCACUUCUCACUAUUCCAGGGAUCUUUGUAAGUCGCCAUCACUCUUCAAGAAAAGGGCCUGA